AUGCGUUCCACCAUCCUCGCUACCGUCGUCGCCUCCCUCGCUGUCUUCACCAGCGCUGCCCCCACUGAAGACAAGCGCCAGAUUGAGAGCGUGUCGCUCACCUUCUACGGCGCGAACGGCGAGAAAUACAGCCAGACUUUCUCUACCGACGGAGCAUCCACCGACGUCACGAACACCCUGGUCGUGGACAGCGUCUACAACCCUGGUGGCGCCAUCUGUUCAGUUGUGGGCGUCGAGGGAGAUGUCUACUCUGUUCCGAUUAACACGCACAAGGUGGAUAAGCCCCAGGCUAUUAAGUCUGCUAGCUGCCACCACCUGUAG